AGAAUAUCCAUUGUCUCCCACCAUGGUGAACCCAACGAAAAAAGGGGGUAGCAGCGGAGGCAAUGGUUUUAAAGCGUUAGGACUAUCUGAUGAAGUCUACAAGGGGAUUAUCCGGAUGGGAUUUCGAAUGCCUACGCCGGUGCAGCGGAAGUCUUUACCUGUUGUUUUGACUGGUGUCGAUACUGUAGUAAUGGCCAGAACUGGGUCUGGAAAAACGUGUGCUUUUCUGAUUCCGCUACUGGAAAAGCUAUUGGAUACACCAAAGGGUCAAAACGGCAACCAUGUGCGAGGUGUUAUUCUUUCACCUACACGCGAGCUGUCUCAACAAACGCUAAGGGUCAUGAAUAAGUUGGCGGCAGACACAGACAUCCGGUCCAUCGGUAUUCACGGAGGAGAAGGAAUGGAAAAACAAUUCAAUCAACUCGCCUCCAAGCCAGAUGUGAUUAUCGCGACACCUGGUCGCUUGGCACAUCACUUGUCCGAAAUUCCGGAUUUUAAGCUUGCAGGAUGCGCCAUGUGCAUCCUGGAUGAGGCGGAUCGAUUGUUGGAAAUGGGCUUUUCUAUGCAAAUCCGUCAAAUUGCUCGCAGUAUGCCAGAAACCUGCCAGAAAGUUAUGUUGUCCGCCACGAUGCCUAAAGUUCUAGUAGAGUUUACAAAGUCCGGUUUUGCAGUAGAUCCUGCGGUUGUUCGUUUGGAUCAGGAAGCGAGCGUUUCGGAAGAGCUUCGCAUUGCGUUCAUUACGUGUCGUAGUCUUGACAAGGAUGCCGCACUUCUUCACGUUUUGCACCAUAUUAAAGAAGACCAGGAAGAGCACGCAGACAGUCGGACCGGAUUAUCCCUUAUUUUUGCCGCUACUAGACACCACGUCGAGUAUGUUACAACUCUACUAAUAGCGGCAGGUUUUGAUGCUGUAAUGAUCUAUGGAACUCUGGAUCAAGAGGCUCGUAAGAUAAAUCUCGCAGCCUUCAGAAGCGGAAAGAGACCUAUCUUGGUGACAACAGAUGUUGCCGCUCGUGGAAUCGACGUACCGCUCAUCGAUCACGUCAUCCACUACCAUUUUCCUUCAUCUCCGAAAUUGUUUGUUCAUCGAUCUGGACGAGCGGCACGCGCAGGGCGAAUUGGGUAUUGUUGGGGUUUGAUAGAGCCAGACGAGUUGCCAUACAUGAUUGAACUACACCUUUUUCUCGGAAGAAAACCAAUGUCGGCAGAACAGAAAACCGAUGAUGGAAAAACAAUAGAAACAACGUAUACGCUCAAUGAGAUGUCGCCCGAUAUGGUUCACUAUGGAUGCGUCCCCGAAUCAAUCUUAACCAUGGAAGUUGAAAACGUUCAACGUAUCAUGGACUCGGAGCUAAGUGGGUCGUUGGAAGCUGAAUCACUCCGUGCUCUGACAAAAGUUUGCAAGAACGCCAUGAAACAAUAUCGCCGGACUCGAACCGAAGCUAGUCGUG